UAGUAAAUCAGGGUUAAUUUUACAUUGUUAGGGGUGUUUAAACUUGUGUGUUGUGUGUUGAGAUGCAUGUCUUCCUCUCUUUCUCUCAGUCCUGCAGCCCCUGCUGGAUCUGCUGGAUGAUGUAUUUAUAUUGUUUUGGGUUUUGGCCUGGUGUUGUGUAGAAUAGCGUCUGUGUGCAGGAUGAGGUUUCUCUGGGGAAAGAGCUGGAGCUGCUGGAUCUCCGGGAGCGCUGAGGAAUGUUGGGGUGCUGCUGAGGUUUUCUCUCGCUCUGCGUUGGUUUGGGAAAAUGCUGGAUCUGCCGGAGCCGCUGGAUCUCGGUGAAGCCUUACCCGUGGCAUGGUGCAAAGACACACUUCUGCCUGUUAAAUAGAGUGUAUUAUCACUCCUUCCUCCUGCCUGGUUUAAACAGCAGCAGAUCUUCUGAAUAUAUCUACACUGAUGGGCGUGGUGUUCUGGAAAUGAGAGGCGGAGCUUUGCUUGGCAUUGGACUCUGCUCGCUGCUGAUUGGCUGAUGAUGCGCUAACUGCACCAUGGCCCCAGAGGCUCUGUGGAAAUACCCACAAUCCUCAGCUCUCUGAUUUGCAGAAACAGCCUCUGAUGAUCAGACAGACCAGAACAAAACGUUUUUAAGCCAUGAUGUCGGUCUGCGUGCCCACACCACAUAACUCCUCUUCUUCUGUGGACGUGGCCAAUCACAAUGGGUCCCCUGCGACUCCGCCUUCCUCCCUCAGCCUUCGCUCCUCCCACAACCAGCUGGUUAGCAGUGAAGGCGGGAAACAGGGCCAGGCCACGCCCCCGAAGUGUCGUAAGAAGUACGCCCUGACGAGUAUUCAGAGUGCGAUGGGGCUCGGGGGGGACGUCCCCGCUCCACCUUCAUCAUCAUCAUCUUCAUCCUCCUCCAACCUGAAACUGGCGAAGAACGGAGCCAAUCAGUUACGCAAAGCUGCCGAACUGCAGGACCAAAACAGGAACCCGACCGGCAGGGAUGAGGACGGGGACGGGGACAGGGACGCCAUCGCAGAGACUGAGCUCCUCACUGCAGACCUCCUCCUGCAGGGGGACGAGCUGGAGCUUAGCGGGGACGCCCAGGCCGAGCUGGACACCACUCAGACUGAGGACACGGACAGCGUUAGUGAGACCGCUAAAGAGGACGCCAGCGAUUUCAUCAACGAGGACGAGGAGGAUGUUCAGGACUUCAGCUCCAACCUGUUCGAGGAGGAUUCAGACGAUCUGCUCAUUCUGUCUGAGAAAACCGAGCUGUCCCUCGACAGGAAGUCCCCGCCAUUCCUCAAAGACAAGACAAGUCUCCUAGAGUCUCACAUCUGCCGUCUAUCGCUGGACGAGACCAAUGCAAAGGACAAAGACGAGGACGAGGGCGUCACGCAACCGCUGUUAAAAGAGCAGAAGAUCCGGAGCCCUCCACCAACCAAGAAACAGCGCAGCCCUGAGGACAUGCCCCUGCUUUCUAUCGGGUCCUCCUCUGCGUCCUCCUCUCCAGAGACGAAGAAAGACAGGCCUCGGACUGGAGCCAAGACGGACCGAGCCCUGAACCGCAUUCAGAACCUUCCCCACAGCGACGAGGAGUCCAGCUGGACCACCCUGUCCCAGGACAGCGCGUCUCUGGGGACGCCCGAGGACAACGAUAUCUGGGGGGAGCAGGCGUUUCAGACAGAUCCAGAUCUUCCUCCAGGAUGGAAGAUGAUGACGGACAUGGCUGGGAUUUAUUACUGGCACAUUCCCACGGGCACCACGCAGUGGGAGAGACCCGGGCCGUGCCACCCUGUGCCCACCGGCCCCGCCCACCACCCUCGCAAACACUCGCUGAGCUCCCUCUCGCCCUCACCCACCCCUGACCACGAGCAGGGUUCUCACGCGGACGUGUUCUUUGGAGCGUCGCGUCGUUCCGGCAGCACCGCAUCCGACAGCUCGGCCGAUCCCGGAGUCCCUGCUAACUCCUCCUCCUGCCUCGAUCAAGCCCCGCCCCUCUCCUCAAACUCCUCCUCCAACUCCUCCGACGCCCACGUCCCUUCCUGCGGAUUCGUCAACAGCUGCUACUUUCCCCGAUCCUCAUCACUGCAGAUCAUGGCAGAGAAAGACCGACACUCUGAGACACACCAUCGAGAAGAGGACAAGAAACAGCUCUGGAGUGAUUUUGCAGUGGGAAAGAUUGAUAGUGAAAUCUGGAAGGAUCUCCAGGCUGCUACAGUGAAUCCGGACCCCAGCCUGAAAGAGUUCGAGGGUGCUACUCUCCGAUACGCCUCCCUCAAACUACGAAAUCCUGCUCCUGUAGAAGAAGAAGACUCCAGCAGUAUUAACAGUGACCCUGAAGCCAAGGUGAAACAGUGUUUUGCAGUGCGUUCUCUGGGCUGGGUGGAGAUGUCUGAGGAGGAUUUGGCUCCAGGUAAAAGCAGCGUCGCUGUGAAUAACUGCAUCCGCCAACUUUCAUACUGCAAAAACGACAUCAGAGACACUGUGGGCAUCUGGGGAGAGGGGAAGGAUAUGUACCUGAUUCUGGAGAAUAACAUGCUGAAUCUGGUCGACCCAAUGGACCGCAGUGUUCUUCACUCUCAGCCAAUCGCGAGCAUCCGUGUGUGGGGCGUGGGGCGGGACAACGGCAGGGAUUUUGCGUACGUGGCUCGUGAUAAAGACACUCGGAUAUUAAAAUGUCAUGUUUUUCGCUGUGACACGCCUGCUAAAGCCAUCGCCACCAGUCUGCAUGAGAUCUGCUCCCGGAUCAUGACUGAGCGCAAGAAUGCCAAAGCUAUGGCUGGAGGAUCCCUGCAGGACAGGAGCCACACGGGACUUGAUGUUCCACUGCAAGCCGAGUUCCCCACACCAAAGACUGAACUGGUACAGAAGUUUCAGGUGUUAUACCUCGGUAUGAUGCCAGUAGCCAGGCCCAUAGGGAUGGACAUCCUGAAUGAUGCGGUGGACACCCUGAUGUCCUCCUCAGUUCGAGAUGACUGGACUCCAGUGAUGCUGAAUGUCGCUGAUGCAACCGUCACCAUCAUCAAGGAGAAGGCAAGCACACAGGAGGAGGAGGUCCUGGUGGAGUGCCGGGUUCGUUUCCUGUCGUUUAUGGGCGUGGGCAGAGACGUGCACUCCUUCGCCUUCAUCAUGGACACGGGGAACCAGCACUUCGAGUGUCACGUGUUCUGGUGUGAUCCGAAUGCAGGCAGCGUGUCGGAGGCAGUGCAGGCAGCGUGCAUGUUAAGAUAUCAGAAGUGUUUGGUGGCUCGUCCUCCGUCUCAGAAGACCUGCUCACAGUCUCCCCCUUCAGACUCGGUCACGCGCCGUGUCUCCACCAGCGUCAAACGCGGCGUCCUGUCCCUCAUCGACACCCUCAAGCAGAAGAGACCCGUCACUGAGUUGCCUCAAUAAUCACCCAUUCACUCUCUCACACUCUCUCUCUUUCACUCUCUCACUCUCACGCACAGCAUGUCUACACCCCGUACACCGCAGCAACCACCAGGGGGCGGUGUUGGAUCCGAAGAGGAGGAACGGAACACUAUUAAAGAAUGGAGGAGACGUUUGUACAUGUGGAAGAUUUGAACCCCACUCCAAACUCUACACACUGUUCACCACUGAUCCUUCAUCUUCUUCAGCCUGUGGUGGCUCCGCCUACUAAACAUCAGUCCUGAACUUCUGCCUGGUUCAUCUGCAUGUAGCCAUAGCCACACCUCCUCAGCAUGAAACAACACAGGCUCCACCCCCUUUUCAGAAACGGACAGAUGUUGGAGCCUCUCUGAAUCUAUAGUGCGCCAGAAAGAUCAAAGAGUGUGUGUGUGUGUGUGUGUGUGUGCGCGAGUGCGUGCGUUAAGGCCAAUUUAUUCUUCUGUAUCGGAUCAUCGAACGUAAAGUCUGCGUAAUAGACUGUGUGUUUGGCCUGCGCUGGUGUGAGCGUUUAUACUCGUGCGUCAGUUUAUCUGCGUCUGCAGAUACCGUGGUGUAACCAUAGUGAAACUGUGACAAAGGCAUGAUCACAAUAAUGAUCAGCUGACCAAUCACAGAGUCUCACUCAUUGUCAAAAAAUAGUUUCAGCCAGUGGACCCCCCCCCACUAUAUCAGAUUACAGAUUAAUAGGAAUAAGAAAUGGUUAAACAGUUACACAACAUGAGUCAUCUCAGCUUCUCAGGAGCUGUAGAGGCUCCUAAUGGAGUCCUGUGAUGAUCUAUCUCAAGCUGCUUUAAUAAUCUCACACAGUUCCUGCAGGUUUUGUGGGUAAAGUGUAGAGUGUUGACCUCAACUAAACAGUCAUCUUGGUUCCCUGGUGACCACAGUGCCUCUACACACGUAGAGAUUCGUAGAGAUUUCGUUAUUAUUCAACCAAGACGAAAUCAGGAAUCAUCACUGAAGAUGAUCUGCUGCCAUUCUGAUUCACUUCAUGACAGAAACCACAACUGCGUAUAGCGGUAUUAACGUGGUUGUAAUAAGGCAAGUCGUGGUGAUGGUCUGCCUACAUGUAAUCCUGUGCUGUGCAUCCGUCUGCCAACGGUGCUGACACUGACAGAAUGACUCUACAAGAUACAGGGUGUAAUCAUGGCUGUUUGGUCACUCGUUGGGUAUAUCAGGCAAUCCAUCAGUACUUAUCGUACGUUCUUCCUCGCUGAGAUCCGUUUAUGUCGCUUGUCAGUGGCGCCAGAUCUAACCAUAACCCACUUCUCUGGAACUGUUUCAACCACAGAAACUGCUUUUAAACUUGUCUCGCCCCAACAAAACAGCACUGAUCAGAAUGGAAAGCUUGUGCAACAGAACGACCUUAUAUAGUCAGUCAGUCACAGCGAUAAGCCCUGCCUUAUCAGUGUCACAGGUACGGCUAAGCUUGAAAUUUGAAUCACUUGCAUGUCGCACGAUGACAGAACUACCCACCAGUUUCAGUCCUGUGGGUUGGUUUCUCCUGUAGCCGUAGAUUCGAUAAAGAAGAUUAAAUCGGUCUUAAAUCUGAUCAGAAGCUGCUGCUUAUCUUCACCAGAGCUUCCUCCCUACAAUCCCAGCGAUCCCAGAUAAACGCAGUCGCUGUGUAUGUGUGUGUGUGUGUGUGUUGUAUAUAAGUUGUAGAUGCUGCUGCUGCUGCUUUUUCAGAGCUUCUUAAUGAGAGGACUUCUGAUCUUAAGAGCAUGUGUUAUUUUAGUGUCUUCUUCCUGUGUUGUCAUCGCCUUCAGCAUCCUGGUCCUUGGUGAACGGAUGGACAGACAACAGAGUGAACGGAUGAACGGACGCAGAAACGUGUGACGCUGUGAUGCUGAGCGUUAAAAAGUGUAAAUACAGAUCAAAGCUUUCACCAAAAAGACUAAACACUUGUAGAGAGAGGGAUUUCUUUCUUUCUUUCUUUCUUUCUUUCUUUAAGAGGACGGAUUGGACGGCCCCCGUUAGCUGGACGGACUCUGCUGAUUGGAGCUGUUGAAAGACGUGUUGAAUGAACUCCUGACUGAACUGUUGUUUGUUUUGGAUCGGAACCGUUGGUCUCCCGGCUGUAGCAGAAUCUGGGAGGAGCUGCAGGUUUAUGAUCUUAUUUUAUAUCGUAACGCUGAAGCUUUUAGAUGAAGUUUAAGAAAUCAUUGGUGGACUUCGUGGAGUUCGUGAUUAAAGGUCAGUUUAUUCUUCUGCAUUAAACCCAAUAAAAUUAUAAGUACCCCAGAAAUAAAACUACACAUCUAGGCCUGUCACAAUAACUACAUCAUCAACUUAUCGUUUAAUAAACGGACAUGACCUCAAUUAUUUUAAUAAUCGUGAUAUCGCCCACUGGGUUUGCACUUACAAAAUGCACUUACAAAUAUUGCGAUUGUUGCGUAGUGACGUGGUAGUGCGAAAGCACAGAGAGACACAGGGAGUGAAUGAACUCAAAACUUACCUUUAUUAGGAAAAAUGGCGUCCAUCAACACCCAAAACUAACUUAAAGAAAUAUAGUAACGACCCAGUGCAUCUCUAGUUGCUUAACUUUAGUGUCUAUUAGGUAUAUGUUGUCUCAGCCUUCCUCUCACCAUCAGUGUAUCUCUCUAGUGGAGGCAGGGUCUUUACACUGGUUCAACGUGUGCCAGCUGGGACAGACCCAUGGUUACCCUGCCUCCGCACUUUUCGGUGUAAAUAAACUUUGGUUCAAGCUGGGAACUUUUCAGGUUCCAAAAUUAGGUGCGUAAACAGGAAUGGGAAGUUUAUUGUCUUUAAAAGGGUGUAAUUAAUUUGUUAUGAUAUUAUGUUAUCAAUUUAUUGGUGCCAAAUUAGUGGUCUAAAAGUGCCAAUAACAUCGUUUAUCGCAAUAAUUUCUGCAACAAAAUAUCUUUCGCAAAGAAAUUGUUAUCGUGACAGGCCUAUACACAUCGCAAUACGUGGACGGCAGCAGCUGUGAUUGGUCCACUGAGCCUCUGUGGUUUAAACUGCAGAGAGACGCAGAGACAUAAUGGAAUAUAAACAUUAUAAACGUGUGCAGCAGCGUAGGGCUCUUGCACAGGUCACGCUGUACACAACACGAUAACCCGGCGCGGAUUUACAAACCAGCCUUUCAGCUGUUUAAACUGACGACUCAACUGCACAGAGAUGCUUUCAGGUCCUGAACGUCUGUACGGCUUCUUUUCCACUGCAGGGCGAAACAGUUACUAAUGAACUGUGGAGCUGAACGAGUUACGGUUUCUUUAUCAGUUUGCUGUGUCCAGUAAUAACUAUGAAACAGUAGCUGUUGUUGGAUGCGUCCCCGACGGUAACUUCCCACUACCAUCCCUACUUCAGCCUUAUUCUAUAUCGUUACCACCAGAUAAUCUCUAAUACUUUAGAGAGGAGAUUACCCACUUAACAAUCUUUUACGGGUUUGUUUAACCACCAGUGGAGGCGCUCUCGAGGGAGCAAUUGAGCAAAACCAACCGAGAGAAAAGUGCAUCUUACCAACCAAUCAGCUCACAGUAGCAGUAAUGCUAGUGUCUUUACUGCUUAAAAUCAGAUUACAUAUACACGCCUACAUACGUAUAUUUAAAUGGUAAUAUACAGGUAUGUUUUCUUGGAUUUCGUAGCAAAAUAUAUUAUUUUAUUUUCAAAAUUCAAGGAUCAAUGGAUAGGUACUAUUUUUAAUGUGAGUUUUUAGCCAUUAAGCUCCAUUUAUCCAAAGUUUAUUUGGAAUUUACAGGCUCCCUCUAGUGGCACGGUCAUUUUCUGAUAUAACCGUGGAGAUAGGAAAUGAGUAGGCUUGUUAGCAUGCUGGCUACCUGCCUCAUCCUACAUCACUACCGUAGUGUUAGCAUGCUGGCAACCAGCUUACCGUGGUCUUAGCAAAAACCCAAUUAUCCAAUUUGUGGAUUCUAACGUCAUUAAACCCCUCCCACUGAACGGUUCCAUGACCUCCAUAUAUACGAUUAUCUCCCCAUGCCGAUAAAAUCCAGUCCUCUCUGAGUUUGUAGUGGUUCUGUGAUGAACUGUGAACUGUUUUCAGGUGGACAAACCUCUGUUUGCUCCUCACAACUGUUUAGCCCUGCAGUGGAAAAAGCAGAUUUCAUCUCAGAUCUCCUCCCUUCAUUAACCCGGAGCACUCGUUCUGCAGAGACGGGAUUCGAGGGGUCAGUCGGUGAGAUCUGAAUUAUCUGAAUUAUCUGGAGCUUCAGGAUCUCCUCGUUUAAGCAGUUUUGAGCUUCCAGGUGAACUUUAACUGAAUUUAAACAAAUCAGUUUCACAUCCACAGCUUCACUAAUAAUGUCUUGUAAAACAUGGACGUCUUGUAUCUCUACGUCUCUUUAUCUUUAAAAUGAAACACCAGACUCGUCACGCUCCACCUUCCUGUACCCAUGUGAUCUCACUGCACUCCUGCUGGAGUUUGUAGUUCUUCCUGCCGUGUCAGCCGUAGUCCUAAUCUCUGUAGUCUCUAAACUCAGCAGCCCCUCAGCGCUGGGUUCUCCAAGCAGUCACUGUGUGUGUGUGUGUGUGUGUGUGUGUGUGUGUGUGUACAGUAUCUAUAUACAGCAUUUUUUGCGAACACUUUUGCGAAUCACAUAAGCUAUCUUUUAUUUUUCCACUUUGAGAUGAUAUAUGAUAUUAUUUUAUCAUAGUUAUUUUAUUAUUAUUUGGGGUUUUUUUGCCGUGUUGCAUCUCGUGAACCAGUUCUGGCCAAAUGUAUAAAAUCCGAGAGUCUGCUGUUCAUGUUUUUAUGUAGAUAAACCAGCGGACGCUAUGAGACGAAAGAAAGAUGAAUUUAUUUUCUGGUCUUUUAGGGACGUUGGGUUUAAGAGAUGGAGGGGGGCGGGGUCUAAUCUAUGCAUUCAUUUAGCUCUGAGGACAAUUCGAGGAAAAGACGAAAACAGAUAAAAGACACAUUGCCUUUGCAUGUCCUAGACAAUUUCUGAAGAAGAAGAAGCUAAAGAAAAAGAUGACAUACUGAACAGAAAUGCUAUUUUUUAUUUUAUUUAUUCUAUUUUAUAUCAGUAUAUUCUGAUUCCAUUGUAAUCGAUUCUAUGCUCAGACAUUCUCUCCACUGUUUCUCACUUUCAAAAAGCCUCUUCAUUUUACUGAAAUACAAAAAUACCACCUUAAAACCCACAGUCCCUCCUGUACAGCUCUGUUUAUCCUGUAACCUGUUGAUGUAAAGGUUGAUGUUCACUCACAGAAGCCGCCACUUUUACCAUUAAAGCCUGUAGAAUUCUCGACUUACUGCAAUUAAUCAGAGGACUAUUCAGUUUUUCUUUGCCUUUUUGUUUGUUUUUGUUUGUUUUUAAUAGAGACGAAACAGUGUUUAGUUCAAAUCCCUUUUAAAUUCUGCUUCUCCAUCAGCAGCCGGAGUCAGAGAGAGAGAGAGAGAGAGCACUAUUGGCCGUGAUGUUUCUCUCUGUACAGUAGGUGGCGCUUUCUCUCCUCAUCACUCUAAACGGUACUGUAAAAGAUUUGGAUGCACCGAAAUUAACAUUUUUUGAUGAAAAAACCAACAAAUAAAUUAAAUAUAUGGCCUGUAGAUUUUCAUUAAUUUUACAAAAUAAAUAAGGACAGAUGCUGUUUACACUGAGGGUGUUUUCAUGUGAUUACCGGAUUUUUCGCACAAUUAGGUGCACCAGAUUAUAAGGCGCAUUAUGCAACACUAGUAAGGAACAGGUCUAAUUCAGCAAGUCUACUAAUUCAGCUAAUAAAGCUAAGCUAAGUAAACAAAACUUAUUUUAAAGUUAAACGAGUGCUUGAUGUUAAUCUACACAGAUUUCUUUCCUGAAAGUGUUUGUUUAUUUACAGUAAGCUUAAAUUUACAGAUUUCCACUAAGGCUGGGUGCAGCAGCAUUAGACUGGGCGGCUAACCUCUAGUCUUCCGUUAAGUCAGGGUGAUAUUAGCUAGUGGUUUGUCGCACGUUUAUAAUUUUAUUUCUGAUUUUUCCCCAUUUUCUCCCAAUUUGGAUAUCCAAUUGUCCCUCCCCUUUUGUGCGUCCCCAUCACCAGUGGCACCUGCGACUCUUGGAGGAUGCGGACGAGCACAUGCCUCCUCCGACAUGUGUGAAGUCAGUCACCGCUUUUUUUGAGCUGCUAAUGAAUCAUUCUCUGAGCAGCUAGCGCGCUCGGAGGAAAGCACAGCGGCCAGGUUCUGAUUCAUCCGCUCACAGACGCCUCGUGCCGUCCGGCGCCACCUUUAAGUGUGAUGGGGAGAGAGAGCCAUCUACCCACCCAGGCCCAAUUGUGCUCCCUCUGAGCGCCUGCGACCUCCCGCUCAUAGUGGCAGCGCAUUAGACCGCUGGACCACUCAGCGCCCCACACGUAGCUUAUUUAAACACAGUAAGCACACAGACUACAGUCCAAUAUACUCACCUCUGAAUGGUGAAAGAGCUAGCGCUUAUCGUGGUUAACGGCUAAUGCUAAUGCUGUUUCAGUCUUGGUGCUGGUGAACUAAACUGAAUCUCCUGUAUAACUUCAGUGGAGUGUCUUUACUGCUCCUUAAUACCUGACUGAUAGAAUUCAUACAUAAGGAGCACCGGAUUAUAAGGAGGAAAAUUAAAGGAUUUUAAAAGCAGCUUUAUAGUGCGAAAAAAUACGGCACUGUAUUCACACCUGCCCAAACAAACCGCACCAAAGAAAGUAGCAUAAAUAAAUACGAGGAAAUGUGUGAUUACUAGAUUAUAAGACUAUUUCUUUGUUGCUUGUGGGUAAUAAAUCUUAUACUGUAGUAAAGCCUGUUUAUUUGUGGGCGGAGCAUCUGAGUAUUUGAUGGGCACCUAUUAAAAAUUAGCCAAAGCUUCUCUUAUAAACAGCUUAUUUUAACUCUCUGCUCCAGUUUGCUGAUGUUGUGGGGCGUCGUUGUCGUUUUGGGACUCGGGUCUCUGAUAUGCGUCAUUAUCUGAAGCUUGACCUUCAGUUUGGAGAUACUGGUUCCUGGGUUCACUUCAGAUAAUAAUCUUCACUCCUUUGUUUCUUUGGUUUUACUAUGAGUGAAUUACCUUUUUAGAGACUGUACGUGUGACGUAAGUACGUAAAGACGUGUGACGUGACCAGAAGAAGAAGAACUCACGCGAAAAGUGACCCUGACACCCCAGUUUUUAGAAUGAAUGUAUUAGGAUUAGCAGGGAUGGUGGUAAAAGCUAUUGAAAGUAAUUGAAGAAAUAAUCAGGGAACUCAACUGUAUUAGAUUUAUUACCAGGAAACAACAAAGAAAUAAUGUCAUAAUCUACCCAACACACAUUUCCCCACUUUCUGUGCUGUUUAAUAUGGAGUUACUAUUGGUGAUUAAUAGUCACAUGACUUGCUAAGGUGGGGUUAGUUAAUAGCCAGGCUGUUGAGAGUGAGCUGUUUACACUUGGUGCAGAUAAACACUGAUUUUAUUAUUGAUUAUGACUGAAUUCAGCGACAGUCCUGAACGACACACCACCUCAAAUUCUGAUGAUUCUCUACUGAGAGGAAAAUAAAGGCUUUAAUAAUAAUCGGCUUUACUGUGUUGAAUUUUGGCUUCUGAAUAUCCGGUGCAUCUCUAUAGUAUGGGAGGAGGCGUGCACUGGUCCUGACCCCAAUCAUAGUGUUGGAAGGAUUGUUAGUAAUUGGGGGGUUAAAUCGGCCCAGAGAGAUAAAUAUUAUAAAAUGUAUUUUUGUGGUGAAUUAUUCACUCAGUUCUGGCGCUGCUGGAGUUAAUAAAUGAGAAACUAUUAGUUUUAUAUCACAAACCAAAAGCUCUUCACUUUCACUCGUCCUUUUCCCUCGCUUUUACCAUUAGUUUAACCGCUGCACUUAUUAACCGUAACUGUAGGGUCAGAUUAUACAGAGAUGAUCAGACUGAUUGGAUAAUUCUCUGAACCCGGUAGAGAUGCUGGAGUUCAGACUCUUACUCCUCCAUCUUGUGGAAACGUCGGCUUCUUCUGCUCUACACUGAUUUGUACACCAUAAUAAAUGUAAUCUGUUGUGAGAAUAAACAGCAUAUCAAAAUAUA